CGGUCAACCACCAUGAACUCGGAUCGUGAAGAUCCAGCAGACAUCCUAAGUGACUCCCUCGAGUUUCUGGGAGGAACGAAGGUCGUAGAAGACCCAGUUCUCACAUACGGACAUCUUAGACUCACAGUCGCACCAAAGGAGGGAAAGGCCAUCACCCUUCUUGCGGACCAUCUGUUUUCUCCUGGGUUAUUCUUGGCUGAAAAGAUCGAAAGAGCAGUGAUACAAGCGCCUGGCCGCAACGUUAUUGAGUUGGGGGCAGGCACAGGCUUGCCCUCGCUAUUACUCUCCAUCUGCGACCCACCGCCAGCCUCAGUUAUCGUCACUGAUUAUCCCGACCCCGGCAUUCUCGGAAACCUUGCUCGAAAUAUCGAGCGUAACAAGCACCUUGUGUCGCCGGGGUGCGAUCUGCAUUGUUGUGGACACGAGUGGGGGACUGAUGUUUCUGCUAUUUCAUCUCUCAGCAAACGCCCUGACCAUAAAUACGACAUGAUCAUUCUCUCCGACCUUCUCCACUUCCACAGUUCUCAUGCCAUGCUAAUCUCGUCAGUGGUCGCGUUACUGGCUACUGACGGUUGCGUUCACGUUGCAGCGGGCUAUUACACCAAGCCCCAUGUGUGCGAAAACUUUCUACGUCUCGCGGCUGAAUCGGGUUUGGAUUUUGAUGAAGUGAUUGCGGGUGGCGGGGAAAGAGACUGGCUGGGAUUCAUGGAUGUAGGCGGACUCGACAAAAAUGCUUUGACACUACGGAAAGCUGCAUGUCGAUACUGGAUUGGUAAGCGUAGAAGUACUCGAAUGCAAUGA